AUGCGACGUGUCUACCACGCGUUGAUCAAGAACCUCAGCAUGCACAAGCUUUCGACAACCACCGUCUCCCUGGCGGUGAUGCCAACGGUGAUCGGCACCUUUUUUCCCAUCCCUUUCGAGAAGCUUGCCGGUCGGCAUCAAAGGCUAACCUUUUCCCCUGACGAGCAGUAUCUUAAUCGCCAACCCCUACACCAGAAGCCUACCGCGCACCUGUCCUAUCACGAAGGCCUUCACCUGAUCAAGGCGUUUCUCGAAUUUUCGUCCCACCAUACCGUUGAGGAGCUGCAGGCUUUCACCGCUCAAUGGGUACCUCAUCCGCAAUGGGUCAAGGUCAAGAACGUGGAGAUACCGGAAGAAAAGUUAUCGCGCGCCGCAUCCAUUCUACAGGAGCAGCUUGGCGAGGACGGCAUCCGAAAAGUUGGGGGACGCGAGUGGUGGCAAUGGAGGAAACCAGACACCCCGCUCAAAGCGGAAUGGAUUGAGAUGCGAGAGGACUACAAUGCGCGCAAAGCCAAGGGCGAAGCUGGGAACCGCGUUAUGCUCUACGUUCAUGGCGGGGCGUACUAUUUCGGCAGCGUUGACGAGCACCGAUAUCAGAUGCAACGACAUGCGAGAAAACUCAAGGCUAGAGUCUUUGCGCCCGAGUACAGACUCGCGCCCCAAUUCCCCUUUCCCUGCGGACUCCAUGAUUGUCUCGCGGCAUAUCUGUACUUGCUUGAAGAGCGGGAUCCGAGCACCAUCGUUUUGGCGGGAGAUUCUGCCGGCGGCGGCAUGGUCAUGUCCCUUCUUGUGACUUUGAGGGACAGAGGCAUCCCAUUGCCCGCCGGCGCUCGUGGCGGGGAAGGCUUACUCGACUACAUACCUCCUUCCGGGUUCCAUCAUAAGCCCUCCAUGGUAUGGCCGCCGCCGAACGAGGCGGAGAUGGAUGCCAUAAAGCAAGAGGCGCGCGAGAGGAAAGCAAAGCUAUCCCCCUCAUCCAUCGAGGAUCUUGGGGAUAAGAGUCUCGGCGUCCCAGCCCCCAAUCCUGGGGAGACGCAAGAAGGCGCGAAUGCUGCCCACGAGCGCCAGAAAGAGGCCGUCUCACGCAUGUUAACUGUAGAUAUCGAUGACCAGACGGUGAAGCUUGAGGAUCAGAUUCAGAUGUACACUACAAAUGAGCUGCUAUCGCAUCCACUUGUAAGCCCUGUUCUUCAGCCUUCGCUUGGCGGACUGCCGCCGCUUCUCAUCAUGGUCGGCGGAGCCGAGAUGCUACGCGACGAGCAAAUCUUCCUCGCUCAUAAAUGCGCUAUGCCAAAGAAAUACUGCCUCCCACCCGAUGCCAUGACGGAUUUGGGAAAGUCACAGCUGGCGGAAUAUCCACCCACGCCGGUUCAACUGCAAGUGUGGGAUGAUCUUUGCCAUGUCGCGCCAACCCUUAGUUUCACCAGGCCAGCGAAAUACAUGUAUCGAUCAAUCGCCCAAUUCAGCGCAUGGGCGCUCGCCCGGGCACAGAACACCUCAAUCCAGAUUCUCGACGACGAUGCCAUCUCCGUCAUUUCAACGGGAUCAGAGACGGAGGACGACUCGCGGGUAGCUACUCCAAAGCCAGCCACUCCGGGCGAGAGCAGAGAGGACGUUGCCCAUGCGCAUGACAAGGCGACAAUGGUGAGGGAGUCCAAGGCGGACCAGGCUGCCCAGGUUUCUGGACAGACCGAUGACGCCGAAUCAACAAUCGACCCCGACCACCUUACUGUGCCCACUCCAGGGGAGCGCGGAGGGCGCAGUCGAUCUGGCUCCCACAGGGUUGUCAUCGACGAGAACCAAACUGGCGAGGAUGAGUUGGCGAUUGACCGCGAAGAGACCCUCGUCGAAGACCUGCUGAGAACCAGGCAAAAGAAUGAAGCAGAUAACCGCGAGUUGCUUGGAUCAGACUACAUCGCCGAAACAGGUGUUGCGGGAAGCGGCCAAUGCAUGGUCACUCUUCACUCGGACAGCGAGGAAGACGAAGUCGCCGGGACCGCAACGACCGAUGCAGACCUCGAGAAGAGACCCCAAGCUGCGCAACCCACCAGAGGAGAAGAAAAAGCAUUUGGCGAACAGGGCCCCGAAAUUCGGAGCAAGAAGGAAACGACUGUGUAA